GCACAAGCACCACCACCACACGCCCACACCACCCAAUAUAACAAACUCCAAUCCAGUUCUAGGGUUGUCUAUUAGUCUUUCCUCAACUACCCUAUAAUCUAGCUUUUUGUUUUUGUUUCUCAGUCCACUUCACAUAUGCUUUAAUCCCUUUAAUUUUCUUUUCUUUUGCUUGAUUGUUGAUGAAGAAAUGAGAGAUAGAAUGGAAAGGCUUGUUCUCCUUCCUUUCUCCAUUGGUUGUGUCUCUGAAUCAAGUGUGGCUAUUGGGGUGCACAACCCCAGAAGAACCAAGCACCCACCAGCUCCACAUUACACAAACCCAUCUUCAAUAAGAAGAAAAGAAGAAGACGAGGAAAGCUUAUCAAGCACUGAUAGUAUGAAGAAUGGAUUGAAAUUUCUUGCUCUUUCAAAGCCUAACAUAUCGGAUCGGUUUCAUAGGCUUGUCAAGGGUUUCAAGACCUUCUCUCAAUUAUUUGUAUACGGAGAAGAAAUGGAAGAACUAGAAAUGGAAAUAGGGCUUCCAACAGAUGUGAAACAUGUGACACAUAUAGGAUGGGAUGGUUCAGAAAAUAACAACCCAAUUCAAGGCUGGGACAAUCUCAUUUCUCCAGAGUUGCUCUCUCUUCAGCCUCCUGCUUGUCUAAGGCAACUUGAACUUUCCAUGGCUGCACAAUCUGAUUCUCCUGCUCUUGUUACCCCUUCCUCUGCUUAGAGAUGGGUAUGCAUGCAUAUAUGUAUUUUCGAACCAGUUUGAACGAUUAUAUACUUGGUGAAUAUUUGUUGGAUAAAUGACCGAUAUGGUGUUAUUUGAUAGCUUUAUAUUUAAACCUAAAAAAUCAAAUUGCAAUGUAUUUCCCAUUCUUCA